CAAAACGGUUCACCUUAUUACACAAACCAAAUUAACCACUCAGCCAAUAUUGUGAGCCUAAGAGGUCCGAUGACUGCCGCGCCAGUUCGUUACUUUCAUUAGAAAGAUGUUAUUUGCCAAAUAAACGGAAUAAUGAAAGUAAUAAAGACAAUUACAAACUCAUUUGAAUCAUAAAAACACACCCGGAAGUUUAGCAGAGAUUAUGCUGCAGCAGAGCAGGGGAAGAAUUAGGAAAACGUUGUGUGUAUUUGGCAAAAAAAGGGGGCAACUAAUAUGAUCAGAAGGAAGCCGCUAAAUGUGUUUAUUACUGUGAGUAAAUUGCAAGAUUGAAUGUCCCGGGCUUUUAAAUCAUUGAGACAAUUUCACUUCAGUUUCAGCUGCCUCGUCAUAAUGAACCAGAAAUGAUAAUAUUCUGAUUUAAAACUCUGCUAAUUAAAAACAAAGAAGUAAUAACCGGUGCAGUUUAUGGGGGAAUAAAACAAAAAAGAAAUCAAAACAAACGCGGUGUUGGUUGGAUGUGGUUGGUGUGUAGACACUGGGGGAAAUACACCUGAACACCUGAACUUAUCUGCACAUUCAGUGUUAAAAUCUGAUUUUUCUAAAACAGGAAAGGGUGAAAAAUCAUCCAGUGAAGAGAAAUAAUUCACCUGAGUGUAUGUCUGUUUGUUUCGGGGGGUUUUCGCAAGUCUUCCCUGAGAGGAGGCAGAAAAACGCGGGUCACACUUGGUGUUUUUUUAUUUGUUUUGUAAACCAGUUCAACUUGAUUGUGGUGUAACUCUUGUUGCACAAUUUUCUUUGUGCAAAAACAGGAUUUUAAAUAUCUAAAAGACAAAAUAGGUCGUUAUCACUGGAUAGAAAAUGUUGGUGUUUUGCUGCCUCGGUGCGUGGAGGAGAGGAGAGUGGAAAGCAGAGUGAAAACAGUCGGAGCAGACGGGCAGAAAGAAGAGGCAGAGGGGGAAUACUAUGUGAAAUCCUGCCCAAGGUAUACGGUCGCUUAAAAGGCUUAAAAGCUUGGAGAAAAUUGGAUCAGGGAGAAUCGUCACCCAACUUUCAUUAUUUCCAAGUGGUGUGAUUGAAUUAAAGGGCAAGAUGGUGGUUGGAGAGGAGUGGGGUGGAUGGGUAGAGGGGUGGAGGGGAGGCGGCGGCGGCGGUGGAGGGGUGCGUAAUGGCGUGGUAUUAAAUUCUAAUUAGAGAUGCAGGGGAUCAAUGAUAGGGAGGUUGGACAGCCCGGGCCCCCAGUGCCAGCCCAAUAGACUGAUGAGUUAUUGUCAUGUAAAAAAGCGCUAGCAAUAAGACCAAACGCUUUGCUAUUGUCCAAGCGGAAAGAGCCAAGUUUAUUAUGAGGACUAUAUGCUCUAGAGACCUCGGGCUAGGCGGCUCUUAGGGGGCUUUUCAUAAAACAGGGCUAGGUUCCUAUAAAGGAGGCCAGUUUUGGAGCAGGCGCUGAGCAGUGAACAUCUACCCACCGUCCAGCCUCCUUCCAACCAGUUCAAACCAAACAAGUCAUCUUUCCCCCCCAUCUCAGACCGCGCGUCCUCCUCAUUUUUGGUUUUUUAUUAUUUUUUUCUUUCAAACCCAAUUUUUUGGGUGUUUUUUGUUUGACAUUUUUCCCUGGAAGUGCAGCUUUCUAUCUCCACCGAGCUUUCUCAAAUGUAUAAAAUGGAGUAUUCUUACCUAAAUUCCUCUGCCUACGAGUCAUGUAUGGCCGGGAUGGACACGUCGAGCUUGGCAUCGGCCUAUGCGGACUUCAGUUCGUGCAGUCAAGCCAGUGGGUUUCAGUACAAUCCCAUCAGGACCACUUUCGGGGCCACCUCCGGCUGUCCGUCCCUCACGCCGGGGUCCUGCAGCCUGGGGACCCUGCGGGACCACCAGAGCAGCCCGUACGCCGCAGUUCCUUACAAACUCUUCACGGAUCACGGCGGACUGAACGAGAAGAGGAAGCAGAGGCGCAUCCGGACCACGUUCACCAGCGCCCAGCUGAAGGAGCUGGAGCGGGUUUUCGCUGAGACUCACUACCCGGACAUCUACACCAGAGAGGAGCUAGCACUCAAAAUCGAUCUGACUGAAGCCAGAGUGCAGGUGUGGUUUCAAAACCGGCGUGCCAAGUUCCGCAAGCAGGAGCGGGCAGCUGCAGCGGCCGCAGCGGCUGCCAAGUCCAGUUCCGGAAAGAAGUCCGACUCCAGAGACGAAGACAGCAAAGACACCAAAUCCACCGACCCCGACAGCACAGGGGGGCCGGGCCCGAACCCGGUGCCCACCUCAAACUGCGGCGGACCGAGCCCCACCGGAGGCCAGGUCAACAACACCGGGAACGGACAGGUGGACCAAGUGAAGACCUCCGUGUCCACCGGCAUGGGGGUGACAGCACCGAGCCAAGGCUGGGCCACCGCUCCGGGGACCAUCACCUCUAUCCCGGACUCACUGGGCGGGCCGUUCGCCAGCGUACUGUCGUCUUUGCAAAGACAGAACGGAGCCAAAGCUACAUUAGUAAAGACCAGCAUGUUCUAAUGAAGCUGUGCAGCGGGGGGAGAGACACGGAGCAGAGGGAAAGAGAAGAGUUUCCUCCCUCCCCGGAGACUGAAAAGCAAUUGCUCAAGACAGACUCACGGACAAUAAUAAGCAGUUAAAAAGAAGAUGACAACUCUGUUAUUUUAUUUUUAUGCCUUGCGCCGUUUCUCGUUGACUCCUUUGCUGUAAAAAUAUCCACCUUGACAAGUCAUAUUGUCUUAUAAUAACAUUUUUGUUUUUACAAGCGCAAGUUUCCAGUCUUAUUUAGGACGAAAUAUCCUGAAAUAAAGCAGAAUAAGAUAUUUUACUGUACUAAUAUCAACAAAAUGAAACAUCUGUUGAGGUUAUUCAUGGAUACACACAUGCAAGAUUACGCAUCUCAUCCCAAAUCCAAAUGUCCUUCGUGUUUUAAGAAAAAGAAAAAGAAAAAACUCAACAUGUUUAAGACUGAAUACUGGUGAAGUGACUUGUUCAGAUGAAUAUUUUUUGGCCAAGUUUAAGAGCGAACACAGACGUCUGCGCACUGGAAAACGCGUAUCGUGCCAUCAGCGAGCAACGUGUCAGAGUUCAACAGCUGCUUUGUUUGGUCAGAGAGACGUUCAGACUGAGGAUGCUCUCUCACAAACCCACGCCCUCGAAAACAACAACAACAACAACAACAACAACAACAAACAAUAACAACAACAAUCCAACAAGACGCUGACACCAUUUUGCUUUUCUGUUCUCCGUAAAGACACGACGUGCUGUGCGGAAACAGCCUCUUACAGCUGCGGGUUUGUUUCGUUUCCAGGGCUGCUGAGAGUUUAGUUUCUUUAAAUUAUCGAUAUAAACACAAAUAUUUCCUCGAGAGAGAAAAAAAAAGGCACAAACUACUGCAAUGUUCACCUCUGACAGGAAAUCUGUAUGUUUUGUGUGUCUUUCUACGGCAGUGUUUUUGUGGCUCAAAUUGUAUAGUGUUAAUACGUACUAUUGUCUCCUAUAGUUGAACCAUAGGCCAUACUCCCUCGUAGAUCGAUCAUACAAGUCUUUUUGAUGUUUUACAAAAAUUUCCCUUGGAAGAAUUUAUUUUGGGUAAAAAAAGGGAAUGGAUGCAAACAUUGUAUUUAUUUCUAUAUAAUUUGCAUGUUGUCUCUUUGUCUGAUUUUCCAAUGAUUUCCCUCCCAUUUUGUGAGCAUUAUGUAACAUGUUUUGUCCGGGAUCUGAAAGUUAUUUAUAUGUAGGUAAUGAAUGCUUAUAUUUAAGAAGGAAAUAUUUCUACAUGUGCACAUAGUUUUCCAGGUGUACCAUUGAAAUGGUUGUUGAUGAUAAAAAAAAAAAAAAAAAAAAAAAAAAAAAAAAUAGUCCAAGUUGUUUUUGUCAUGUUUUCUUUGGACAAACUGUGGAUAAAACUACAAGCUUAUUGGUUAUAAUAUAAAAACAGGUUUGCAUUUUCUAUCCUUAUACCAUUUCUGUAUUUUCUUGCUCAUAAAUUCAAAGGUUGUUCGGUCAUGGUCGUUUGAAAAGGGCCGAGGGUUCAGCACCACGGACAGCACCGCGCCGCCUCAUCCAGACUUCAAGAUUUAUUUUUAACAAACAAAAGGGGGGAAAUAUUUGCCUUUAGAUGCACAAAAUUAUAUGCACGAAUUAUUCCAGUACAUGCAUAUGUGAGUGUCAGUCUCCUAAAGUAAAAUACAGUGUGAAAAAGUUCAUUGACACCGAGAGAAAUCACUUAAUUUGAAAGAAGAAAAACAUUAAAAAACCGAGAAAAAUGGAAACCAAGUUGAGCUGAAAGGAAACGGCAGAACUUGACAGCAGUAAUCAUACAUAUUAAAACUUAAAAAAUUAUUUUAAAAGCUCAGUGAUGGAUUUAUAACAUUUUUUUUUAGAUAUAAAUAUUGAACUAGAUGUUAUGAAAAUGUGCACCGCGUCACGUUGUGACACACUGGAGAAUCAACUUCAAGGAAAAGACUCACAUGUCACAGUCACAUCAACAUUCAUGAGACUGAUGUUCCUCUGAGGUCACAGUUAGUGACCCAGUCUGAAAUCCAGUAAUUAAUUGUGUUGCUUGAUCACAGAUAUCAGACUGAUCAAUUUGGAAUCAGGAGUUAAUUUAUUGUUGGGACUAAAUCUCUGACUUGUUGGUUAUUUUUAGUUACCCUGUUACCCAAGAAUGGGCCAUAAAUAAGUGACAAUAAUAAUACAGUGGUUAGUUGUGUCUGUCCAUAGGCCACAUUAAGUCAUAUUGGAAACACAUUGUGGCAGGUUUAUUUCUUUUCUUAUUGUUUAAUUUUGUAUUAUUGAUUUUCCAACGUCAUUGAUGGAUUAUAUUAAAGAGAAGAAAACCAGGCAGCAGCUGAAGGGGAAACAAACUUCAAACAAAGCACAGGUUUGUAAAAAAGACCUGACUGUUUCCUCGUUCACACACCUGCAGUGUGUUGAAGCCGGUGGCAAGAGUUCAGCUACAUAUUUUAAGUGUUUAUUUGCUGCCUUUCUUUGCUUUAUUUAAAUAUUUGUGGAAAUUCAUGUUUUUUUUUUUUAGCAUUGUUGCAAAAUUACAAGACAGACGCAGAUUUUUAAUUUAUAACAUUUUAUUUAUAAACAUACAGUAUGCUAUAAAUGCCAUUGCAUUUAAACAUCAAAUUAAUCUAUAUUUCGGAUAGUGUUCAGGUGAAUAUUACAAUAAAUACAGAACAGACGUAAAGGUUUUCAUUCCCCAACUAUCCUGUGAAAGAAGACCGUCUGGAUACAGAGCUCCGUCUCAAAGAUCCCGCUAUAAGAGACUCAGCCGAGAUUUAUUCAUUAACUAAAUGAGGAUAAAAAAUAAAAUACACAAUCGGAACAGAAGCUUAAAAAUACUGGAGAUCAGAGAGAUGAACCCGGAGGAGAAGCUUGGCUAUAGGACGCAGUUCAGGAGGAGGAAGAGGAAGAGGAAGAGGAGGAGGAGGCUGCUAGUUUGCUUUCAUACAGCAAAUCAUUUGGUUUUAGGCUUAAACGUGCAUUUUUUUGUUUUUUUUUUGUUUUUAAAA